UCUGGUUUUCUGAGUUGAGAUGAAACCAUACCUGUUGGCAACAAGCAGUCGUGUGAACGGCCGGGGUCCUGACAUUUUGGAUGAUUAAUUGUGCUUCUGCAGUUGGUCUGGCUUAGUGGUUGUUUAUGUUGAUGCGGUUCAUCCUCGGACCUCGGGGCCGAGGGCUGAGGGCUGACUUAAUCUUACCCCUCACAGCUGGCGGGUGAUCAUCUCCGCAGCGAUAUACCAGCCACAAAUUCAGAACCUUUCCCGAUCAAUCCAUCAAAAUGCCGGAUGACAGUAACGAUAGCGACACGAGGGACACCCAACCAUCCUCGGCGACGGCUUCAAAGCGUUUGCGCCAGGUCGCGUCGCAUUUACCGGCCGACUACUCGGAUGUGCUCGCUCAGAUUAACACUCUCCGCAGUAUCGCUGCCACGCCCGAUGCCUCGCGACGAGGCUACAUCCGCCAGAAGCAGGCCGGCAAACUAUGGGUGCGCGAGCGACUGGACGCUCUGCUUGAUCCGGGCAGCUUCCAGGAGAUAGGCUCUCUGUCCGGCACCGUGACGUGGAAGCAAACCGGCCCCAUGCGCGAGAAGCCCGUGGCAUUCGUACCGAGUAACAAUGUCCAAGGGAUGGGGCGGUUGCGCGGCCGCCGUAUGCUGCUCACGGCCGACGACUUCACCCUCCGCAGCGGACAUGCGGAUGGCGCCUCGCACGAGAAGACCAUUUACAUCGAGAAGCUCGCGCUUGCAUUGAGGCUACCGAUAGUCAAGCUGGUCGACGGGAGCUCCGGGGGCGGCAGUGUCACGCUCAUUCGGUCCGCAGGGUACAGCUAUCUGCCCUAUGUAUCGAUGUACAAAUACGUCGUGGAGCAGUUGAACCAGGGGAUCCCGAAUCUCGGGGCGGUUGUCGGUCCAGCCAUUGGCCUUGGAGCCGCGCGUGUCGUAUCGUGCCAUUUCUCCGUCAUGGCCGCAGACGUAGGCUCGCUGUUCAACGCCGGGCCGGAAGUAGUCAAAGGCGCCACAUUUGAAGAGGGCCUGGAUUUCCAGACGCUGGGCGGCCCCACAGUGCAUUGCACCAACGGAACCAUCGACAACGUCGCCGCCAACGAAGCCGAAUGCUACGAGCAGCUGCGCACAGUGCUGAGCUACCUGCCCAGCUCCGGCCGCGAGGCGCCCCCCGUGAUCGAAUCCGAGGACCCGGCCGAUCGGGAAGACGAGGCCUUGCGCCGGAUCAUCCCCCGCCGCCAGACUAGGAUGUACAACCCCUGGACGAUUAUACGCAGUGUGGUCGACCGCGGGUCGUGGUUUGAGAUUGGGGCCCUGUGGGGCCGCACGGCGAUCGGGGGACUGGCGAGGCUGGACGGGCGUCCCGUGGGGGUGAUCUCGCUGAAUUGCGAGGUGAACGGGGGUGCUCUGGACGCGGCGGGGAGUCAGAAGCUGACCCGUUUGCUGAAGUUGUGCGAUGUGAUGAAUCUGCCGGUUUUGCAGUUCAUCGAUGUUCCCGGCUACGCCAUCGGCACCGUCGCCGAACGCACCGCCACGAUGCGCUGGGGCGUGGAGCUGGGCAAGACCUAUUUCACCACCACGACGCCGCUGUUCAACGUCAUCGUCCGCCGCGCCUACGGGGUGGCCGGGGGUCUGAUGCUCGGGGCCCGCGACCCCGUCAUGCAGGUGGCCUGGCCCUCCGGGCAGUGGGGGUCCUUGCCGCUGGAAGGGGGCAUCGAGGUGGCGCACCGCCAGGAACUGCGCGAGGCGGACCAGCGCGGCGAGAAAGCGGCGCAUUACCGAAAGUUGGAGGAGGAGUACCGCCGGCUGAUGAAUCCGGUGCGCACGGCUAAUGCGUUUGGGGUGGAGGAGAUCAUCGAUCCAAAGGACACGCGGAAGGUGUGCUGCGCGUGGGCGCGGCAGGUGUAUGGGACGCUGAUGGCGGAGCGGUUGGCUGAUCGGGCAACAGGCAAGGUUCGGCCGGUGUUUGCUUGAUGUGAUGUGCUUGUACUUUACCAGCGCUACAAUCUGCAGCAUUA